AAAGAAAAGCUAACAUUCACUUUGUUUUUACAGAAUGAGCUCUGGAUGUGCAUCAACUCUACACUCCCAGGUGUUUCCAAGAAGUCUGAUGGUUGGGUUGGGCUUGGUUGUUGUGAGCUGGCCAUCGCAGGAGAGUGUCGUAGAGAAUGCAAACAGGCAUCAUCUAAAAAUGACAUAACAAAAGUAUGCAAAAAAGUCACCGAGAACUCUCUCUACAGCUGCAUCACCAAAAAUGAAAUGGGCUCAGCAUGCUGUGGUUUUGUGGGCCGUCACACCAACUGCAGGGACUUCUGCGAUGCCAUAUUCAGGACGGACUCGACGCCAACAGAAUCCCAGAUCAAGACCGUCAAAGACUUCUGCAAGAGUCACAGCCCUAAGCUCGUCGAAUGCGUCAACAACUUCACCGAGUCCUACCCUGCUCGCAGCCCCAUAGAUAGUUUGUACUGCUGCGACCGGGCUGAAGCCCCAAACUGCCAGACGGCCUGCCGCCAUCUCCUCCGCACCAUGAAUACAGACCAAGAGAUCAUGGAGGGCCUCAUUAAGGAGUGUGGCACCCAGCCCCUCCCUCAGGAUCCAAUGUGGCAGUGUUUUCUGAGCAGAGCUCACCCUCCUUCCCCACCCGAGGAGGAGACCCCCCAUCCAGCCAAGAUGGACUGCGCCAAGCUGCACUGUUGCUCAAAGGCAAACACGUCAGUCUGCAGGGAAAAGUGUCACCAGAUCAGCACCCACUGGGGCAGCCAGACAUGGCAAGACUUUGAUCAGCUGUGUGAGUACAACCCAAUGGAGAUGGAGCUCAUCAACUGCCUGGCAGAUGUCAGAGAGCCAUGCCAGCUAGGCUGCAAGGACCUGACUUACUGCACCAACUUCAACAACAGGUCACACUCCUUCCCUCUGCUAAGCUCACCUAACCUUACACACAUCAAUAUUGCACAGAAAGAUUUCUUUGUUGUUUUAGAUCAGUCUCAUUAUCUCAGUACUAGCUGUUUUGUUUGUUUUAGUUAAUAUUUAUGUUUAUAAAAACUAGCAAUAGAAGUUAUGUUAUUUCUUCUUUUUUACAUUUUCAAUGUUCUCUUUCUAGUUAUUCUGCUAAACAAACACAAAGAAUGUAUUUGAGAAAUUACAAGACGAACAAAUUGCCAAAGCAGAAACAAAGAAAAACAAUCAAAAAACCACAAAUUUCUGAUAAUCAUUAUUUUAAUUUUUUUUUUUUUUCAAAUAUGCUAGCUGAAAUGAUGAAGAAACUCUAAUCCCUUUAAAUAGUACUUUCAGAGGUUGGCUUUUCAUUUCGGCUUGUUUCCACACUGAUCACAAUGUACAUGUGUGUAGAAUAGCGCCUCCCUCAGCACAAUCUGUGUACUGCAUGACGCACAGUCCAGGAUUCCGCUAGCUCUGUUUCUCCAAGAUAACGACUAAUAUUGUGUCAGGCCACAUGAAAACAAACAAACAAACACACACACACAUCUUAAUAGACUGAAGAACAAACAGUAGACUUAGAGACUUAGACAUAUUGUCUUAUUGUCAUUGCACACAGAAACAUAAGUAAAAUUGGCAAUGAAAUGUCCUUGCUUGGCUGCUGGAGCACACAAAAACACAAGUGUCCCUAUAAUUAAAUCAUAUACAAAUAAUAAUUACUAUUUUCAAACAGUUUCAGACAGUCUUCAUGAUGGGAUUGUUGAGCAAUCUGAUGGCCAGUGGGAGACAACUAUUGCUGAGUCUGGCUGUUCUGCAGCGGAUGCUACAGACUCUCCUGCCAGAUGGCAACUGGAUGAACAGACCAUAGAGAGGAUGGGUGGAAUCAGAGAGGAUCUGGUUUGCUCUGGCUAAGCAGCGUCUGUGUGCAAUGUUCUGGAUAGGGGGGAGUGGAGUUCCAAUGAACCUUUCCGCUGUCUUUACUUCUCUUUGCAGAGACUUCCAGUCUGAGGCCUUGCAGCUUCCAGACCAGAUAGAGAUACUGCUGGUCAGCAGGCUCUCAGUGGUUCCUCUGUAGAAAGUGUAGAGGAUGGGAGGGGGGAGCGAAGCUCUUCUUAUUCAUCUCAGAAAGUACAGGCGCUGCUGUGCCUUUUUCACCAGUGAAGUGAUAUGAGGUGUCCAGCUAAGGUUGUUUGUAAUGUGAACCCCCAGGAACUUAGUGCUGCUGACGAUUUCCACUCUCUGUCGUUGAUGAGGAGUGGUGUGUGGUUGGGUUGUGACCUCCUGAAGUCAACAAUGAUCUCUUUUGUCUUGUCGACCUUCAGGAGCAGGUUGUUUAUUCUGCACCAGUCCACAAGAUGUUGUACCUCUUUUCUGUUGUUCACUUCAUUGUUGUCCUGAAUGAGUUCCAUAAUUGUUGUGUCGUCUGCAUAUUUCAUGAUGUGGUUGGUGUUAAACCUGGGAUGAUAGUCGUGGGUCAUCAGGGUAAACAGCAGGGGGCUCAGGACACAGCUCUGUGGGGAGCCAGU